AUGUUUGAAACGAAGACCACAUUUUAUAGGAAGACAGGCUUCUCCUGGGGCCUGGUGCCUGGGGCUGUGCUUGGCAGGCCGGACAGAGGAGCAGGGGCCUUGUUGAGACCUCAGCAGCGGCCGGAUGGCCAGACCCCGGGGCUCCCCCUCAGACAGUGCAUCUCCCGGCUCUCCUGCCAGUGCCUGAACUGGCUCCACAGUGCCACGUGGUCCCCACCUGCCCUCUGCACCCCCACUGACUCCACCAGCGGACUAGCGGCAACUGCCAGCAGAGCGCUUCUGACCCGGGGCGCCCGCGCGGCAUCUGUGGGCUCCGAGAAGCUCUUUGCCCCAGCAGCCGAUAAAGGCCCCGCGCUGGGCGACGAGGCCGAGGCCAAGGCCGGGGCACCGCCCAAGGUCUCGGGCCUGGAGCGCAGCCGUGAGCUGAGCGCGGAGCCGCCGCCCUUCCUGCCUGCCGUGCGCAGCCCCGCACCCCCCGCCGGCCCCGCGCCGGACGCCCCGGCCAGCCCGCCCUGGCCGGUCAAGAAGGAAGCCCCCGCCCUGCCCCGCCUCACCCCGCAGCCGCCGCCAGCGCCCCCGCAGCCCCGUGCCCCGCUCCCGACGCACGUGCCUCUGCCCCUGGGCGCCUUCGCGGGCCCCGGCCAGGCCGCGCACAACGGCCUGCACAGCCUCAGCAGGAGCAGCAGCGCCAGCAGCAGCGCCAGCCUCGGGCUCGCGAAGCACGCGUCCCUGUCGCCUCUCGGGCCGGGCCCCCACCUGUCUACCUCACACUUGGCGCUCCGCUCGCAGGCCCAGCACCAGCACCACGCGGCGGCCAUGUUCGCCGCCCCCCCGACACUGCCCCCGCCCCCGGCGCUGCCGGCCAACAGCCUGGUCAUCCCAGGACACCCUGCCGAUGCCAGCCUGUUGAUCUCAUUCAGCCAGCCAAUCAUGUAUUGCCAGCCUCAUUCGGGGAUUCUGAUUGAUCACGAGCUGCUCAGGCAAGAGCUGAACGCGCGUUUUCUGGUCCAGAGCGCUGAGCGGCCCGGCGCCCCCCUGGGCCCGGGGGCUCUGCUGCGGGCGGAGUUCCACCAGCACCAACACACACACCAGCACACACACCAGCACCAACACACAUUUGCCCCCUUCCCCGCGGGGCUGCCCCCGACGCCGCUCCUGCAGCCCGCCGCACCCCCGCCGUUUGACAAAUACGCACCCAAGCUGGACAGCCCCUACUUCCGACAUUCCAACUUUUUCCCAUCCUUCUCUUCUGCCAUCCCCGGACUGCCCACCCUGCUCCCACACCCAGGCCCCUUUGGGUCCCUACAGGGUGCUUUUCAGCCCAAGACUUCAAACCCAAUCGAGGUAACGGGUCGAGCCAGUGCUGUUCACACCCUCCUCCAGAAAGCCCCCGGGGUGUCUGACCCAUACCGGACGGCAGUCAGGAAACCUGGCAAGUGGUGUGCCAUGCACGUGCAGAUCGCCUGGCAGAUCUUUCGGCAUCAGCAGAAGACGAAGCAGGUGCAGCUGGAGCCCCACAAGCCGGAGGUGGGCGCCAAGCUGGACUUGUCCAGCAGACCCCCCGCCCCGGGCGUGUUUGCCGGAUUGCAGUACCCACAGGAGCUGGCCCGGCCCCUCUUCUCCGGCUCGGGUGCAGCCCACCCCGCCACCAACCCGUUCGGACCCUCGGCCCAUCCCGGCAGCUUCCUGACCUCUGGUCAUCUGACAGACCCGUUCGGCAGGUCAGGCACCUUCGGGGGCCUGGGGAGCCUGGGCAGCAACGCCUUCGGAGGCCUGGGGAGCCACGCACUGACUCAGGGCAGCGGCAUCUUCGCCCCCAAGGAGAGCUCCGCACUGCACGGCCUGCCCAGCCCCCACGAGGCCUGGAACCGGCUGCACCGGGCGCCUCCCUCCUUCCCCACACCGCCCCCGUGGCCUAAGCCUGUGGACCCCGAUCGGGUCUCAGCCCUGACCAACCACGACCGGGAGCCAGACAAGGGCAGGGAGGAGCGGGAGCGGGACCUCCUGGAGAAGACGCGCCUGCUGAGCCGGGCCUCGCCCGCAGCUCCCGUGGGCUACGCGGUCAGCAGCUUCCUGCUCCGCGGCCAGGGCGAGCCGUGCCGGCCCGGGGUCCCUGCCGAGCGCGAGGCCGAGCCCCGCGUCAAGGAGAGCCGCUCACCGGCCAGGGAGGACGGCGCCAAGCCGGCCGCGCGCCCGCCGUCUCCCUACAGCAAGGCGGCCCUGGGCGACAGCCUGCGCCUGGCCGGCCUCCUGGGCCGAGAGCCGGGGAAGCCGCCCGAGGCGCCGGCCGAGCGGCCCCAGGGCGACGUGAAAGUCAAGGAGGAACGCAGGGAAGAAGGCGACGCGCCCGAGCCCCCCGGGGCCGGCCCGCGCCCCGCGCCCGAGCGC